AUAAUGCACAUACUGAUUGUGUAACAUUUUCAUUGAAUAUUUAUUUUUUCUUUUGCAGAAGAAUUUUGUCAUUGGUACAAAAUAUAGCCAAAUGUGUACAACAUAAUCAUUCGGCAGUAAGAAAACCGAGCUGUUUGCCGAUUACAUCAAUCGUCCAGAUGGAUGCAUUUGAAGAAUUAGACGAAAACGAAUACUCCAACGUUGUGCAAUAUUUAUGUAACAUUGGUGGUUUCAACGUGAAAGAAGCAAUCACGUUAUGUUUGAAAGAAAGCAUCAUCGAUUCGAUGACUCUUUCUUAUACGUGGUGGGGCCACAAAGGACACAAGCCAUUAUACGAUACACGACUUGUGAUGGCCAUUUUUGAUGCUGUAUGUAAAAAUCCGUACUUCACGAAACCGUCUCGACAAGAGUUUCAAAGAAACGUGAUAGAAGCUCUGCGAGCUGCGAAGGAGAGAGUAAGGAGUAAAAAACGGGGUUCACGUAGGCCAGCCGCACAAGAGAAUAUUGCACGUAAUUUUUGGAAGGACAGGGCAGACGCAGACGAUGCAGACUUAACGGACGAGAAUUAGGUAACAAACAUUUCU